ACCUGCGGUCUUGCAGCUCGUUUUCGGUAACUCUCUACACCUCAAAAUAAGAGAACGUCACGUUCGCUAAAAUGGUAUUCAACCCUCUCCUCCCGGACGAGCAGAUUAUAGCGACCUCGGAGAAGAAAAGAACUUCUACGAGUGGUUUAUCAAAAACAAAGAUGAAUACUGGGCCCGAGCUGAGGAAUUUGAAGAUGGAAUGCCUGCCACAAUUAAGUUCGUUAAUAUGGCAUGGCCUGACCCCGAGGUUCAGGACCGAUAUCGCCAAUGGCAAUGCGAUUGGACUGGACGUGUGGCCGAUCGAUUGGUGAGAGACAUACCACAGUCUGAAUUCCUCGACAGAGUCUUGGCAACGAAUUUUGGGAGUGCUUCGUCCAGAGCCCAGCAUCUUUGGAUGAUGGAAAUGUUGAAUACCCCAUUCUGUCUUCUCGGCGAGAGCGACUUUGGUAAUAGCGGCGUCUUUACCGGAUACGCGAUGGACCCUGGACCCGCCUAUCUCUGGCCGAACCUGGAAAGCCAGCACGACGUCGGCUUAGUUUCUCCGAAUAUCCUGGGAAUUAAUCUCGGUGUCAGAGUUGAAGGUGACUUCGUUCUACGCGAGGGCCCCGCCACUACAGUGAGCCCGCGGAAACGACGGAGAGAAGAAGCACGCAGCUCGGGCGAAGACACAGUCCGUAGCGCCGAUUCCAGAGAUGCCGAUCACCCUGGGGGGUUCAUUUUUGUCCAGCUCGGCGCUCUCUAUGCCUAUAACGGCACGAAGCCUUGGGCCGAGGCCCGUACUCUAGGGCGCGACACUACCAUCCCGGGUCCCUGGAGAGCGACCGGCUUUGGCGUUGUUCUGGAAAUCGAUGCUCGAGGACGUCCGGGAGCUGUGUGGGUUAUCUACAACUUCCACACUAUAGAGGACAACGACUCGGAUGAACGGAAACAUUGUCAUAUCCCGACAAGGGCUGAGGGCAGUGUAUCGACCUUCCCUUACAUUGGACGUCUCACGCCAGCAUGCAACGAGACGUUCACAAUCGCUAAGAUUGCCGAAAGCCUGGCGGAGCUAAAGAACGAGAGCGCAAAGAUUGACUUCCGGGUUAUGGACACGGUUGAGCGUCAGAUUGUUCGUGUCAAGACAUAUUCGUUGACGCCGGGAAUGCCGCUUGUUCGUCAGUUUGCAAAAGAGUAGUAGCUUACUAUAGAAUAAAGGAUACCGUAUGGUUCUGUCGAGUCGAUCUUGGCACUUUUAAGACCGGUGGAGCGGCUGAGAAUCUGAUUAUCUGAGAUCAUGGCCUGAGUUUAUGCUAUCCGAUUCUGCUAACCGUAGGGAUAAAGCAAUGUCCUCAAAGUCCUCAGAGGUUUUGACGGUCUAAAGCAAGUCGUUGAGGUCCAAGUUCAGCAGGUCAAUCUGCACUACCCGCAUACUCCGCAAGUCCCGCAAUUGUCGGGAGUCGGGAAUGUCUCUUCACUUGUUGGCUGCUAUGG